UGCAGAUUGAUUGCUACAUCCAUGGUCUCUGGCAAAAUCAAUACUGAAUUGUUGUUUAAGGAACACGAAAUUCGUUGCUUGAAGAGAAAGUUGUUGAUGGAAGCUCUAGAAAAAGAACUCCCAAAAUGUACAAUUAGGUACUCUUCUAAAGUGGUCUCUAUCCAGGAAGCAGCCACUUUAAAGAGAUCCAUCUUGCUGAUGGAGCAAUCCUCAAAACCAAGAAUUUUCUCAAUUUGUUGGCGAUGGAGUUCGAUCAACCUUCUUACAUGUGAUGAUCAUACUGUAUAUUGGAUCAUGACUUGGUCUCCCACCAGCCAAGGCGAAGACCUAGAAGAAAAUCCAAAUCAACUAAAGCAAUUUGCUCCAAACGUGCUUCAAAAUCUGCCCAAUAGAUUGAAGGAGGUCAUUAAGAACACUCCGGUAGAAAACAUUGUAUCAUCCCCAUUGAGAUACAGACGGCCGUGGGAGAUGCUAUGGGGAAAUAUCAGCAAGGGAAAUGUGUGCUUAGUUGGUGAUGCCCUCCAUCCGAUGACUCCAGACCUUGGGCAAGGCGGGUGCCCUGCUUUGGAAGGUGGUGUUAUUCUGGCCGGGCAUCUAGCCUUGGCCUUGUCAAAACUAGGAAACGAUGAAUGGAACAGACUUGAAAUGGGGGCAGCACAAUAUGCAAGAGAAAGGAGAUGGAGAAGUUUUGAGCUCAUUGCGGCAACGUACAUCAUUGGAACUAUGCAGCAGAGCCGGGGAUAACAAUGAACUUCAUAAGAGAUAAAAUUCUAGCAAAAUUCCUGGCUGGAUUGCUAUUGGGGAUGGCAGAUUUUGAUUGCGGUAAGCUCUACUUUAAUGAUUCUUGAAUGUAUCUUUACACGCAUGAAGUUUAUGUAACAGAAGCACCAGCAUGAAAAUAAAAUGGAAGAUGCUUA